AACUCAUCCCACUGACAGUUGUAGUUCGGAGUGCAGCGGAUGCCACGUGACAGGGGAGCGUCCGCAAAUCAGGAAACAAGCUGCCGCAGUGAAUUUCAACAUCAAAGCCCUCAUCAUGGCCUACCAGGUGGGGAGUCCAGAAGACCCCAUGGCUUUGGUCCAGAACAUCAGUUCCAACAUCCAGAGGAUCACUGUUCUGACCUCUGAUAUGCAAAGAUUGGUGUCUCUUCUGGGAACGGAGCAGGACACCAGCCAGCUAAGACACACGCUUCAACAGAAACAGCAGCAAGGCAACAACCUGGCAAAGGAGACCGACAAACUGAUGAAGGCCUUCACUGCUCUUCCCAUCGGCCCUGAUCAGCGACAAAGGAAACUACAGAAAGAGCGUUUGCUAAAUGACUUCUCGGCCGCGCUGAACAGCUUCCAGAGGACACAGAGGCAGGCGGCAGAGAGAGAAAGGGAGUAUGUGGCCAGAGUCAGAGCCAGCUCCAGGGUCUCGUCAGGAGGUCAGCCUGAAGACAGUUUUGGAAAUGCACCCCAGAAUUACUCUCAGGUUCAGGCUCAGACCGAGGCUUUCAACGAAGAAGACCUGAGGCUGAUCCAGGAGAGGGAGUCGGCCAUCAGGCAGCUGGAGUCUGACAUCACAGACAUUAACGACAUCUUCAAGGACCUGGGCAUGAUGGUCCAUGAGCAGGGAGACAUGAUAGACAGUAUAGAAGCCAAUGUGGAGACUGCAGAUAACUGUGUGCAGAAUGCCUCGCAGCAGCUGACACAAGCUGCAAGCUACCAGCAAAGCCACAGAAAGAAGAUCUGCAUCCUGCUGAUCGUGGGGGCCGUAGGCAUAGUUGUAAUAGGACUCAUCAUCUGGGGAGCUGUCAAACAAUGAGGACUUCUUGAUUUCUUUCCCCCUCCUGUGUGAUCAUCGCCCUCGAAGAUUCGUAGCAUCACUCCUUUAUCUUCUGUGUCUUUGUCGUUUGAGUUAUGAUUACGUUUGUCCUUUUUUAAGGUUCGAUUGCAAAAAAGAAGAAAGUCUGGUUGUCACUGAGAGAAAAGCACACUCCUUUUACUGUGAAGUAAAUCAAACUCUGGUUCCUUUAGAAGAGGCUUUAAUUGAAUAGUUGGUUUGAUUUAAGGUGAAAUAUUUUUUUUCUUCACCUGUUUCUCUGAGUAAGGAGUGAACGCAGGGAAUGUGUUGCUGCUGUUCGCUUCCAGGAUCUCUGCUGAGUUUUAAUAGUAAAUAAUACACAUUGGAUGAUUUUUCUAGGUGCAGUAAAGCAGCAAGUGAAGUUAGAGUUGAGUGUUUUUGCUGCAGCUGGUAAAUAUAAAACAACAUGCUGAAGAGAUCACAGCCAUUUUAACCAAUCACCUCGUAUAUUUUAUGUUACUAAUUAGAGUCACAAUCAGACAUGGAUGCUGAUUCUUUAAGUGGGUUUUGUGAUUAUUUCAACUUAUAAAGGAAGUUUAUUUUAUUAUUUUAACCACCUGUAACACAGAAUGUAAAUACUGUACAACACGUACCAGUCAGCGGAGGUCUUUAACUGUGUUUUUAUGCUUGGAACUGCUAGUUAAAAAAAAGCUUUGACCCAAGUCACCAAUAUAAAAUAGAAUAUUGCAUUUUGUAUAGAAAGAGUUGUAUUAUAAGACAGACACUAAAGCUACUGUUUCUGAAACUAUUUGACUCAAUACUGUAAGAUGGAGAUCACAUGUAUGUUUUCAUUAUGAAGAAACAGCCAAAAUGAAUACAUGAGGAAAUCUACAAAUGAUGAUUUUCACAAUGAACAAAAAGUCUUUGAUGCAUUUGAUCAAUAAAAAAGCUCACGAGUUUAA